AUGCGACUUGAUUUAAAUCGUGAUUUAUUAAAAGGUUUUUUUACAUCAUCUUAUGAUUAUUUAAAUGAAAAUGGACAAUUAUUAUUGUCACUUUGUAAUGGACAGGGUGGUACUAUAUUUGAUAAACCCCAAAGAAAAUGGAAUGACUCGUGGAAAGUUAAAGAAAUGGCUGUUCGAGUAUGUGGUGGAAAAGGUGGUGAUGGUAUGAUAAGUUUUCUUCAACUUUUUAUAAAUGACAAAGCUGGACCAGAUGGUGGUGAUGGUGGUCACGGUGGUCAUGUUAUUUUUGAGGUAUCAAGAGAUGUUACUGAUCUUAGUCAUGUAAUGAAUUUAAUAAAAGCUGAAGAUGGUAUAGCUGGACAGAACAAAGAUUGUUUUGGUAAAAAUGCUGAUCAUGCUGUUAUUAAAGUACCAAUGGGUACAAUUGUAAGAGACAUUGAUGGUAAUGUUUUGGCUGAUUUGGAUGAAGAACAAAUGAUGUUUAUUGCAGCACGUGGUGGUGCUGGUGGACAUGGUAAUGCAUUUUUUACAUCUGACACACAACAGUCACCAAAAAUUGCUGAAUAUGGAGCAAUUGGUGAGGAUCAACAAUAUGUUCUUGAAGUUAGAAGUAUGGCACAUGUUGGACUUAUUGGUCUACCAAAUGCUGGAAAAAGUACACUACUCAGAUCAAUCACUCGAGCAAGACCAAAAGUUGCUUCUUAUCCAUUUACAACUCUUAAACCUCAUUUGGGAAUGGUUUUAUAUGAUGAUUAUGAACAAAUUGCUGUUGCUGAUCUUCCUGGUCUUAUUGAAGAUUCACACAAAAAUCGUGGUCUUGGAAUAACAUUUUUAAAACAUGCUGAAAGAUGUGCUGCUUUAUUAUUUAUUUUGGAUGCUAGUUUAGAUGAACCAUGGGAACAAUUGAGUUUAUUAAAAAAUGAAAUUCAACAAUUUAGCUCAGCAUUAAAUGAAAGACCAUCAUUAAUUAUUGCAAAUAAAAUGGAUCUUCCUGGAGCACAGGAAAAUUUAGAAAAAUUAAAGGAAAAAAAAUUCGAGUAA